AUGUCUGGGGAAGAAUUCAAAGACCAAGAUUUGAAAGUCGGUGCUUAUUCUUCAAGCAACUCCCAUUCUGUGGAGAAUGUCGACAAUAAAUCAGGCUUCAAGAAAUUCAAAGAUUCCUUCAAGAGACAAAGAGCGGUUUUAGAUGAAGAUCACUUAAACACUUUAAGCAGCGAGCAGCGCAAAAACUAUAUCUUAUCCAACCAACCAUAUAAGCAAACAUUGCAAAAGCGUCAUCUUCAAAUGAUGGCCAUUGGUGGUACUUUGGGUUCUGGGCUUUUCAUUGGGUUAGGCUAUAGUUUGGCUUCUGGUCCUGGGGCAACCUUGAUUGGGUUCUCUAUUGUUGGGUUUGCCAUCUUCUGUGUGAUGCAAGCCGCUGCCGAAUUAUCUGUUAGUUAUCCAGUUUCCGGGUCUUUUGCUACUCACGUCUCUCGUUUUGUCGACCCAGCUAUCGGGUUUACUGUUUCUUCAAACUACUGUUUGUCAUGGCUCAUUUCUUUGCCUUCAGAAUUGAUUGGUUGUAGUUUAGUGAUUCAAUAUUGGAAUAGCAGUGUGAACCCAGCCGUUUGGGUGUUAAUCUUUUUCCUUACCGUGGUGGUUUUGAAUUUAUUCGGUGUUCGUGCUUAUGGUGAGUCUGAAUUUAUCUUGUCCAUCAUCAAAGUGAUCGCCAUCAUCAUUUUCUUAAUUAUCGGGAUUGUCUUGAUUUGUGGUGGGGGACCUGAUAGCCAUGGAUACAUUGGGGCCAAAUAUUGGCAUGACCCUGGUAGUUUUGGUACACCAGUAUUCAAAUCCAUUUGUGGUACCUUCAUUUCCGCUGCCUUCUCCUUUGGUGGUACUGAAUUGGUUAUUUUGACCGCUGCCGAAUCUCACAGUGUCAACGCUAUUUCCAGAGCCACUAAACAAGUCUUCUGGAGAAUUGCAUUGUUCUAUAUUUCCACCAUCGUUGUCAUUGGUUGUUUGGUUCCUUACACCGACAGCAGAUUGCUCGGGGGUAACAGUUCUGAAGAUAUCACUGCUUCACCAUUUGUCAUUGCCUUGAGUAACACCGGGAGUUUUGGUACUAGAGUGUCCAACUUUAUGAAUGCCGUGAUUUUGGUUGCCGUUUUAUCUGUUGCUAACUCAUGUGUGUACGCAUCCUCAAGAGUUAUUCAAUCUUUGGGAGCUGCGGGUCAAAUGCCAGAAUUCUGCGCUUAUAUUGACAAAGAAGGUAGACCACUUGUGGGUAUUUUACUUUCCUUUAUUUUUGGAUUACUCGGGUUCUUGGUGGCAUACCAUGACCAAGAUACCGUGUUUGAUUGGCUCUUCUCUUUAUGUUCCAUUAGUUCUUUCUUUACCUGGGGUUCGAUCUGUUUCUCCCACGUUAGAUUUAGAUUAGCAAUGAAGAAGCAAAACCGUUCAGUCAACAAAGAAUUGAGUUUCAAGGCCAUGUUGGGGAUUUAUGGGUCAAUAAUCGGGUGCAUAUUGUGCUUCUUAUUGAUUGUGGGUGAAAUCUAUAUUUCUGCCUUCCCACUUCAAGUGGGUGGCUCCUAUGCCAUCAGCAAGUCAGAAAGAGCUUCCGAUUUCUUCCAAAAUUGUUUGAGUAUCCCAUUGAUGAUCUUGGUAUGGGUAACCUAUAGAAUCUCUUCCAAGACCUUUUUCAGCAGACCAUUGAUUAAACUUGAAGACAUUGAUUUGGACACUGGAAGAAGAUACAAAGACAUUGAUUUAUUGAUGCAGAAUGUUGCUGAAGAGCAACAGGCUAUUGCCCAAAAGCCUUUCUGGUACAGAUGGUAUAGAAUCUGGUGUUAG